AUGUCUCCUCAAACUCAUGUUAUCUACAAGAAGAUCUCUCGUGACAAAGGAGUUACUAUCUACCUGGGAAAGCGAGAUUUCAUUGACCAUGUUGAUGAUGUGGAAUCUGUAGAUGGUGUGGUAUUGGUGGAUCCAGAAAUUGUCAAGGAGAAAAAAGUGUAUGUGACACUAACUUGCGCUUUUCGAUAUGGGCAAGAAGAUAUUGAUGUUAUGGGCCUCACUUUCCGGAGGGACCUGUAUUUCUCUAGGACACAGGUGUACCCAACACUAGAAAAACAAAGACCACUUUCCGACUUGCAGACAUGUCUACUGAAUAAGCUGGGGGAGAAUGCAUAUCCCUUUGUCUUAACUUUUCCAGACUACCUGCCAUGUUCGGUCUCCCUGCAACCAGCUCCCCAUGAUGUCGGGAAGUGCUGUGGGGUGGAUUUUGAGGUCAAAGCUUUCUCUACAGACAAUGUGGAAGGAAGAAUUCUUAAGAGGAACUCUGUGCGCUUACUGGUCCGUAAAGUGCAGCAUGCCCCUGAAGCACCAGGCCCUCAGCCUCAAGCAGAUACCACCUGGCAGUUUUUCCUCUCCAAGAAGCCAUUGCACUUGAAAGCAUGUCUCAGCAAAGAGGUGUUUUAUCAUGGUGAGCCAAUUCCUGUCACUGUGACUGUGAUCAACAACACAGAUAAAGUGGUUAAGAAGAUCAGUGUCUCAGUGGUGCAAGUUGCUAAUGUGGUAUUGUACUCCAGUGACUUUUACACCAAAACAGUAGCUCUGGAAGAAGCUGAGGUUAAGAUACAGCCAAACUGCACCUUCAUUAAGACAAUAACAAUUCUGCCCUUGCUGGCAAACAACCGAGAGAAACGGGGCAUAGCGCUGGAUGGGAAGCUAAAGGAUGAAGACACUAACUUGGCAUCCAGUACCAUCAUUAAAGAUGGGAUAGACAAGACAGUUUUGGGGAUCUUGGUUGCUUACAAGAUCAAGGUGAAACUCAUUGUCUCAGGCUUGCUAGGAGAUUUUACUUCCAGUGAUGUAGGCAUAGAACUGCCCUUCCGUCUUAUGCACCCUAAGCCAGAGGAGGUAAAUGCAACAGGUCAGUAG